AUGACUUUAAGAUUUACAGAGAGCGCACAGAUGCAGGACAUCAUUCGUAUGUACAAUACGAACAUAAAUGGUAGAUCCACUAUCAUCAGAUCAUUAACUGGAAUCAGAGGAAUUGGUCUAAGAGUGUCCACUUUAUUGUGCAAGAAGGCAGGCAUUGACACCACCUUAAGAGCAGGACAAGUUGAGCAGGAGAAGUUAGACACAAUCUCCAAGAUUCUUGAGAACCCACAGUCCUUUGGAGUGCCAGAAUGGAUGCUUAACAGACAGAAGGACCCCCUUACUGGAGAGUACAAGCAGUUAAUAGCCAACCAGGUUGAGGCUGACUACAGGCUGUACCUUGAGAGAGCAAAGAGAGUAAAGCACAUAAGAGGACUUAGACUUCUGAAGGGCCUGAAGGUCAACGGACAGAGAACCAAGUCUAACGGUAGAAGAGGAAAGACUGUCGGAGUAUCAAAGAAGAAAUAA